GCCUCGCGCACGCCGCGGCCUCGCGCACGCCGCGGCCUCGCGCACGCCGCCGCCCUCGUCGCAGUAAACGCGGCAGCUCCGGUUGGCUUUGGGGGCGGGGCUGUAGAGGAACGUGCCAAAGCCGUAGAGUGAGAAUUCUACUAGAGAGGAAAUGGCUGCCUCUUCAUCAUCCUCCUCAGCCGGUGGGGUCAGUGGAAGUUCUGUCACUGGAUCUGGUUUCAGUGUCUCAGACCUUGCCCCACCACGGAAAGCCCUUUUCACCUACCCCAAAGGAGCUGGAGAGAUGUUAGAAGAUGGUUCUGAGAGAUUCCUCUGUGAAUCCGUUUUCAGCUAUCAAGUGGCAUCUACGCUUAACUCUUCAUCAUCAUCCUCAGCCGGUGGGGUCAGUGGAAGUCCUGUCACUGGAUCUGGUUUCAGUGGCUCAGACCUUGCCCCACCACGGAAAGACCUUUUCACCUACCCCAAAGGAGCUGGAGAGAUGUUAGAAGAUGGCUCUGAGAGAUUCCUCUGUGAAUCCGUUUUCAGCUAUCAAGUGGCAUCUACGCUUAAACAGGUGAAACAUGAUCAGCAAGUUGCUCGGAUGGAAAAACUAGCUGGUCUGGUAGAAGAGCUGGAGGCAGAUGAGUGGCGAUUUAAACCCAUCGAGCAACUGCUGGGGUUCACACCCUCUUCAGGUUGACCUUGCCUGGACAGUCACCUAUGGGGCACAGCAAGUGCAGGUCCAGUGAGGAACUUUUCUUACAGCUUACGUAGCCAUCCAGAGAUUCACAGCUCCAUCACUGAAUUGUUAAUUCACAUCCAUACUUGGUUUCUCUGUAUCUGUCCACAAGCAACAAAUACUUAAAUGUGUGAUCUUACAAGGAAAUUUUUUGUUUAUUUGUUUAAAAAAGUAUUGAGGGCUUCCCUGGUGGCGCAGUGGUUGAGAGUCCACCUGACGAUGCAGGGAACAUGGGUUCGUGCCCCGGUCUGGGAAGAUCCCACAUGCCGCGGAGCGGCUAGGCCCGUGAGCCACGGCCGCUGAGCCUGCGUGUCCGGAGCCUGUGCUCCACAAAGGAGGUUUGGGUUUAAGAGAGAUUUAUAAAACUACACAAGCCAGGACACAUGCCAGAAUUGGCCAACAGAAUGGCAUCCCUCCUGUCAAUUCAUGCAGUUCCUAGAAUCCUCACCAGUCAAGUCCGAGGUCAGGAUCUGGAGUUAUAAAAUACAGUAUUUCUAACCUAAAACCGUUGUUUUUGCAGAUUAAUGUGAUUUCAACUCAGGACCUGUCCAAAUUAGGAAUUUUUUAAUGUUUGGGAUUUUUUUUUCUAUUUUUAGACAUCUAAUUCUAUAGAUUCUAUCUUUUUCUAACCUCCUCUAGGCAUGCCAAAUGCUGGCAAAAAGAAUUGCUUUUUGAAUGUUGAAGUUCUGGUAAAAAUAAAGCAGUGAGCAAAAUCCUUUUAAACACAGAAAUCCUGAGUUCAUUUUGUUGGUGGGCUCAGGCAAUUCUGUAGCAAAUAAAUCCUUUGAAAGAGC